GUUCAAUGAGCUCCUGGCUCAUCUAAGGCCACGGGGGGAGUGUUAUGACAGUAGUCAUACUGUCAUAAGGACACGUAGGACGUAGUUCUAUGCUUAGACAUUCCGUUCUCAUUAUUGUUUAUUCUUAUAUGAUUCAGCAUUCCUUCUUAUCUCAUUGUUCUUCUUACUGAGUCACGAUCUCUCAUCAACUAUAAAUUAAUUUAGCUUCAAGAGCUUGAGAGCGCUUUUUUGUAAUUUCGAUUCUUCAAAUAAAAUACGGCAGGCCAGCAUGGUUUACCAUUGCCUUCCCUAGCGCAGUCCAAACGUAGUUGGUAAGAUCCACUACUGCUGCUGCCCGGUAGCUUCUGCGUACGUACAUUAGCCAUAGGGAUGCCCCUAAGUUUCUCUCUCAUACCAUGCAGAGGUUGUACGUUCCGACUUCAUGGGAGACGACCUGUAGUAAAAGUGAAAGAGUUUUUCUCUGAUUAUUUUAAGACGACAUGUAGUCGAUGAUCCCCAGUAAUGUGUUUUUCACGGUGAUAAUUCCGUUCUUUCUCAACACCAAAGUGGUAUUUGGAAUCAGUGGAAAAUUAUGCAUCGACUACAUGUCGUUUUAAAAUAAUCAGAGAAAAGCUCUUUCACUUUCCUUGAGGAUUACUACAGGUCGUAAAAGUCGAAUUUUGAAAAACUGAGUAAGCUGUCUCGUUAAGCAUGUCGAAUAACCCAGAAUCCCAUGAUUUUCAUCAAAAAAUAUUGAGAGCCCGAAAAUGAUCUUAUCCGUUCCUAUCCUUUACAAUCUGUUAUACCGUGUGUUUUUCUAUAUCGUAGUUCGUACAAUGAGUGAUUUAUGUCCAUUAACCGGGCAGAAAUGCGUCUUGAUAAGCGACAACGAAGCUUCUUUUAAAAAUGCUUUUCGAAAACAGUUUCCGUCGAUGAUUCAACUUCGAUGUCAUGUGCAUCUGUAUCGAAAUGUAUUCCGGCGGGCAUUAAAAUAUCGUUUAACGAAAGAAAAAACAACUAAAAAAAAACUUGAUGAACAAUCGAAUGAAUUAUCCGAUGAACAAAUAGAUUCUUUAUCGGAUGAACAAAUUGAUAUAAUGAUUUAUGGUUAUGAUUAUAUUUUUCGGGAACAUGAUUAUUGUUGUACAAAACAACCAUCAAAAUCAAUAACAACAACAUCAUCAUCGUCAGCAGAUCAAGUCGUGCUUUAUGUCUGUGAAACACGAAAAGCAAUGGCCCGUCCCUAUAUAAAUGAUAUUAAAUAUUUAUUAUCUUUAUUAUCUAUCGCAGCGUUUAAAUCUGAACUUAAGAUUAUUCAGCAAAAUUGGUCAUCAGAUUUUGUGGAAUAUUUUACUAUUAUAGGUAUAAAACUUACAAUUCUAGAUUAA